GGGCUUAGCUUGUGAUGCUGAAGAAUCUGCUGUUGAUUCCUCUGUCUAAUCAUCUUAUUCGGGCACAACAAAGACGGCUUUUAUUUCAAACCGUGUACGUGAACACAAUGUGAAGAAGACAUGAGGUGCAGGUGUCAAACAGUGUGUUGUCUCCUUAAAGUCUGUAAUUCGCUUCUGAAGUUACAUCGCCUUCAUGAAUGAAAGGGCACAAGGCAAAGAUAAGACAUGUCUUAAGCGAAAGCAGUCCAACAAACAUGAAGGGGUCCAGCUCCAGAUGGGCCUUCACACUGGGCUUCCUAGUUGGUUCGUGCUGCGUGUACCUGUACCUGCGCCAGGUGUGGUUCGAGAGGAGCUAUCCUGUGUUGACUGAGGCCCAGGAGAAAGGAACCGUCUUCAAAGAUAAACUGACCAACUGGAAGAAACAUGGCUCGGCACUGGUCAAUCUUAUGCAUCCUCAUCAUACAGAGGAGGACAGCCAGGUUGCAGAUGCCUUAUAUCAGAAAGUCAGAGUCCUCUGCUGGGUGAUGACCGGGCCGUCCAAUCUGGAGAUCCGAGCACGCCACGUCAGAGCCACCUGGAGCCGCCACUGUAACUUGGUGGUCUUCAUGAGCUCUCAGGAGGACAAUGACUUCCCCACUGUAGGCCUGGGCACCAAGGAGGGCCGCGACCAACUCUACUGGAAAACCAUCCGUGCUUUCCAUUAUGUCCACCAGCACCAUUCAAAUGAUGCAGACUGGUUCCUCAAAGCCGAUGAUGACACUUUUGUGAACGUGGACAACUUGCGCUGGCUCUUGUCCAAUCACACUCCGAAAGAGCCGAUAUAUUUUGGCAAACGCUUUAAACCUUACACCAAGCAGGGCUACAUGAGCGGAGGGGCGGGGUACGUGCUCAGUAAAGAGGCCCUGCGGAGGUUUGUGGAGGGGUUUAGGACUAAAGUUUGCUCACAUACCACCCCUGUAGAAGACCUCGCCCUGGGACAGUGCUUAGAAAGGAUGGGGGUCAUGGCAGGGGAUUCCAGAGACACUUUGCAGAGAGAGACAUUUCAUCCCUUUGUACCGGAGCACCAUUUAACAGGAAAAUUUUCCAAGAGCUUCUGGUACUGGAGCUACUGCUACUACCCAAUUGUUGAGGGUCCACAGUGCUGCUCUGACCUAGCUGUGUCAUUUCAUUAUGUGGAGGCGGAGCUCAUGUACACUCUGGAGUACUACACUUACCACCUGAGGGCGUACGGAUACAGGCCGCGGUACAGACCCCCGCUUCGCCAUGGUCUCCUCCCCACCUCCUCGCUCUCAAACACGCCUACUGUUCCACCUGCUCAAAAAAUCACGAAUGGGACGACAGACUGCAGAAACCUCACGACAGCAAACCAAACCCUCAGUAUGAACCAAACCACAAUGAAACCAGAGGAAACUAGUCCCAAAUAUACACAUAAUGAGAAUGCAACAACUACUUUAAUACAAGAAACGCAACACUGAUUAUGACAAACUGUGACUGUACUUAGAAAUAAGAAAGGACAAAAAUGACUAAAUUGAUGUGAUUUAGACUUGACUCCUUUGCCUUUUUGGCUUUUAACACUGACUGGGCCUUUCUAAUCCACUAAUCAAAGAAAAAAGGUAUUGAGGCAACAAUGGAUUAUACCAGUUUGUUUUAUUAAACUUGUUUUAUUAAAAUGCACAGCCGUCAUUGAAGCACACUGUUUUUCAAAAGCAUGAGUGCAUUUUGAGAAAUGUUUUUAUUUGACUUUGAGGAGACAUGAGCUACUCUGAUGCAAGUGCUGCUGUUUGACAAAUGUACAAUACAAGAUUCAAUAAAUCUUUUUGUCACUUUUUAUG